AUCGGCCACACGCUACUAUACUGAUUGCUGGUACUUGGUACUUUGGUAGUUUGCAACUAGAUAGAGAAAAAAAGAGAGAGUAGAAUGAACAACACUACCCUGUUGCUGAGACGCUGCUUCUGUUGCACAACAAUUCCUUCUUCUUCAUCAUCUCUCAAAAAGAGGCCUCUUGUUUUCUUGGGUUCCCCUCAGGUGUCUGUAAAAGUUCUUGAUGCUCUCUUCAAUGCAUCCCAAUCUUCAGACUCAUCUUUUGAGGUUGCAGCUAUUGUCACCCAACCGCCUUCUCAGAAGAAUAGGGGUAGAAAGGUGUUGCCUUCUGCUGUUGCACAGCAUGCCCUUGAUAGGGGAUUCUCUUCCGAUCUCAUUUUCACACCCCAGCGUGCCAAUGAGGAAUUGUUUUUGGCCAAUCUAAGGACCCUGGAACCUGAACUCUGUGUUACAGCUGCAUAUGGGAACAUUCUAUCGAGCAAAUUUCUAAACAUUCCAAAGCAAGGCACAGUAAAUAUACACCCAAGUUUGCUUCCCCUUUAUCGUGGUGCUGCUCCUGUUCAAAGAGCAUUGCAGGAUGGUGUGAAGGAAACUGGUGUAUCAUUAGCGUUCACUGUUAGAGCACUGGAUGCUGGGCCUGUCAUCACAUCUCAAAAAAUUGGUGUUGACGAUGAUAGUAAGGCACCAGAUUUACUGGAUACUCUUUUUGAUCUUGGAUCAAAACUUCUAUUGCGCGAGCUUCCUUUUAUACUUGACGGAACAGCAAGAAAUAAAGCGCAACCUCAGGAUGAUUGUAAAGCUACCUUAGCUCCAAAGAUUACUCCCGAAGAAUCAUGGCUAUCAUUUGACGAGGAGGCUACUGUCCUCCAUAAUAAAGUCCGGGCUUUCGCAGGUUGGCCAGGAACUCGAGCUAGAGUUCAAGUUGUGGACGCAUCGAAUGCUCGAGAGAAUAUCCUAGACCUUAAAAUUAUCACAACUAAAGUUUCCAGCAAUUCUAGUGUUGAGAAUGCUAAGGGAGAUUACGUGGCUUUUAGAAAUGGUGCAUUGAUCUUCACGUGUGGUGGAGGCACAGCUUUGGAGGUCCUGGAAGUUCAGCUACCAGGCAAAAAAGUAGUGAAGUCGGCUGCAUUUUGGAAUGGAUUGCGAGGUCAAAAGCUAAAAAACAUUAAAGACAAGGAAGCUGCAAUGUCACAAGCGUAAAAGUGAGUAAGUAAUUGCUUCUUCCAUUCAUUGAAAAGUUCUAGAGAAGAAAUAAGCUUCAUGCAGAAUGCAGAAUUAGUUAUCUACUGAAGUUGAAGAACUAGUUAUAACAACAUGCAGAAUUUCGGCAAGACUGACUGCUCUUCCUGUGCACUAGUAAUUCAUUCUUUUAUUUAUCUACUGACUAUUAUUGUCCAAAUAAAUUUCAUCCACUUAGUAAUGUGUAUUUCUUUUGAACUCCAAUUUAUCUGAUACAUACAUCUGAUACCUGCAGAUUUAUUAUAAUAUGUAACCUAAUAUUUUUAUGAUGAAAAUCUUACUGUGUUGUCUUUUA